CUCAGAAAAAAACCCCUUUUCUCCUCUCUCACCUAGGGUUUUUAUUCGAUCUUCCAAAUUUCAAUUUGUCGAUCGCCAUGUCGUCAACGGGAGCGAAGAUCACCCUCAAGAGUUCCGACGACGAGACGUUCGAGGUGGACAAGGCGGUGGCCCUGAUGUUGCAGACGAUUAAGCCCCUGAUAUUGCAGACGAUUAAGCCCUUGACUGAGGAUGAUUGGGUUGAUAACCGGGCCCUGAUGUCCCUGACGAUUAAGCCCGUGAUUGAGGAUGAUUGCGCCAAUAAGGGGAUCCCUCUGCUUAACGUCACGAGCAAGAUCUUGUCCAAGGUGAUUGAAUACUGCAAGAAGCACGUCGAGGCUCCCAAGUCUGACGAUCGUGCCACUUCUGUGGACGAUGAUGAGCUCAAGGCCUGGGACGCUGACUUUGUCAAGGUUGAUCAAGCCACCCUCUUCGAUCUCAUCCUAGCUGCAAACUACUUGAAUAUCAAGAGCUUGCUUGACCUGACGUGCCAGACAGUCUCAGAUAUAAUCAAAGGCAAAGCACCAGAGGAGAUCCGAAACACAUUCAACAUCAUUAAUUCCUUUACACCUGAGGAAGAAGAGGAGGUUCGCCGGGAGAAUCAAUGGGCCUUUGAGUGAAUGAUGUCCACCCUGGAGAAGACCUUUGAGUGGUUUUUAGUUUUCAUGUCAUGUGCUGAGAAUGUGGGGUGCUGUGUCAAUCUAAUGUUUAUCGUUCAAACUUUUUUAAGUUUAGCAAAGUACCUUAAGUAAUCUUCUCAAAGUUCUGCCUACCAACAGUUGUUAUUUUGCUACCCUUUAUUCAACUUUGAUGUUUCAUUGGGAUCUUUCAAUGUUAUUAUCGAAUAUGUUGUUUCUUCUGGUUAGUUUCUGGUUUUCA